UCUAAAGGAAACAGACAUAAUUGCUCCCAACAAACAUAUUCUUUUUUUGCAUUUGGAAACCUGCGCUCUUGAAAUAUUUCAAACUUAGACUGCAUUUUGCAGUAUAAGAGGAACUGACUCUAUAUCUCCCCUUUCUUCUCCACUGCAUUCUUUCAUAUAUAAUUCACAAAAAGAAAAAGAAUUAUUCAUCUCCAUCACCUUUUCCUGCUAACACAAUAUCCCAUCUCUUCCAUCCCAUGAUGAGUCAUUCUUCCUCCACCACUUCUGUCAGUGGUUUUUACAGUUUUUUGGCCCAAGAACUUGACAAUCUUGAUCAUCUCUUUCUUUCUCAGAACUUCAUGUCGAUCAAGUUCCUUCAACAUGUACUCUCAUCCCUCCGAUCUUUCCAUUCCCAGUUAACCCUCUUGGUUCAAAAGUUGAACUUGCCUGUUGGAGAGAAAUGGCUUGAUGAAUACAUGGAUGAAAGCUCCAGGCUAUGGGAAGCUUGCCAUGUGCUGAAAUCAGGGGUGUCUUCCAUGGAAAACUACUAUUCAUCUGGUGCAAAUAUACUAUCUUCGCUUGAUGAUCGUCGCGUUUUAAACUCUCAAGUUUCCCGCCAGGUUAUUCGGGCGAUCAGUGGCUGCCAGAGGGAAAUGAUAGCGCUUCAAGAGGAGAAUAAGAGCAUAGCAGAAACAAGAGUGCAGAAUCUGUGUCUGAGGUUUGAUGAUAAUGUGUUAACAGAAUCAAAGUUCAACAAGUACAAUGGUUUUAGAGGAGUCCUGUAUGCAAUGAGGAAAGUCAGCACAUUGCUUCUAGUGAUUUUACUUAGUGGGCUUGUGUAUUUUUGGCCGGAGACCAGCUUUUUCCAGGGGCGAUAUGAAGGGGACUCGUUAUCCGGCUCAGCCUUCAUGGUUUCAUCUGCUACAUUGCAUCAAAGAGUGUCAAACGCGAUGAAUCGUCUGGAAUGUCAGCCAGGAAUCCUUCUUCAUGAGUUGCAACAGGCAAGGACUGCGAUGGACGAGCUGAGAACAGACAUGGAAAGCACCAUGGAAUACGAAACGGAGAUCGAUAUUCAUGAUAAAGUUGAAAACUUGAAGAGCUGUUUUGGAGUUUUGCAGUGUGGGGCAGAGAGCAUAAUUGGGCAGCUUGAUGAUUUCUUUGAUGAAAUAGUUGAAGGUAGGAAGAAGCUUUUGGACAUGUGUUCUCAUAGGUAGGGACAGACAUAGACAAGAAACAGGAAAGAGAUGUGAGUUUGACUGUAUAAGAGAUCAGAUGA